GUGUUCAUCAAUAUCUGAGCUAGCAACCUUAGCCGCUGACAGGCAUCACAAGGUUAACCCAACUGGCUCCUCUCCACCGGUAGAUAUAUACAUUGACUUGGGACUUCAAACGUUAAUCAGCCAAGAGCUCAGACAUCAAAUCUCAGUAUUUGUCAAUCUCCAGUCUUCGCUUCUCUAACUCCCCAUCAAGUUUGCACUUGGCAUCCCACCACACUAAGUCGUCAUGGAUACCAGAGCCAAUGACUUCUAUCUGUUCUUCCGUAGUGGCAAUCACCACGAGAUGCAUAAGAACUUGAUCAAGCUCUCUCGUAACUCCAGCCUAGACAAGCAAGAUCUGGCUCUUCUAGUCCUCAUGCUGACCCAAUACAUGUCCGACACACUGACAAGGAGACAAGUCCUGGGGGAUGCAGAAUGCAAAGAAGCCUUACAGACGAUACUUGAGACGGUACAGCAGAAUGAGUCUGCAAGGAACACACAGCCAACACAGACUGAUGUGGAUGAGAUCAUGAAUCUUUUGAUUACAUCACCUGCUCUGCCGGACGUCUACUAGAGACAAUAUCAUGGAUCACAUCAUUACCCACAUAAACACUCAAUGACAGUAAAGAAGGACAGCUACAUGUACAUGUAGUCUGCUUGGUGAGAAACCAUUUUGUAAUGCACCUGCUCUAAACUUCGACCCCGUACGGUAUUGUUGUAUUUCAAUAACACACAGAAAUCAAAACAAUGAAGUUUUAUAAAGCAACUACAUGUACCAGUAAGAAAAAACUACAUUUUAUGGUUGUCUCUUAAACCGGUGGUAAUGUCAACUGCUGAAUAUUUGUAAAUUAGUACAUGGCUUUUAGUUGUUGAAUAGAAAGGGUGCCUGAUGUUUCUUCGGUUAAAUUUGGGGUUUUUACAUUCAUUUACAUGUAUGUCAAUAAUGAAAACUUUAAGACAUCAUUGUUACAUUUAAUGCUUUUUAUUUUAUCAGGAUAAAACGCUCUAUCUCCAUGAGAAAACGGAAGUGUUUUAAACAAGCUGUAUCCAAAGGCUGACAUCCCUGUAUACAUGUUUUGCUUAAAUGCUGUAAUUUUAAAAUACUUUAUUUCUACACUGUUACAAUGUGGCACACAGAGGCAAAACUAAAACUAAGCCCCCCCCCAGAAAUUAAACCAUUUGCUGACAGCCUACAUUGGUCAGUGUGUUAACUGCACCACUGGUAACACAUGCAAAUGUACAGUGUGAUAGCCACUUGGCCACAUGCCGAGUGCAACUUUGUUUUCAAUACAGACUGGGGCAGGUCUUAAAUAUUAUGUACAUGUAGGCCUAUUUUUCCCACUUUUCAUUGGGGCAUAAAAAUUGCAUGUGCCAGAAUCCAUUUUUAUCACUUUUUACAACACAUUUACUUGAACUUUGCUCUGUAUCUAACUUAAUUCAAUUUUCACGUAGUUACCUGGAUGUAGGAACACUGAAAUGUACAUGUAAAUGUGAUCAAUUCAUACAUGUACAUCGGCAUUAAAAUUUUGUAAUGCAACUAAAAUAUAUUUUUUGCUGGAAAAUUGGCUUUUGUGCAAUACAUGUAGCUACAAAACAUUAACAGUUUUAGCACGAUGCGAUACAGAAAGUGAAAAAUGCUUAAAUACAUCUCUUUGCCGAUGAAUGAUUAAUUAAACAGUCCAUUCAGCCCAUAUUUUGUCGA